AUGAAAUUGAUCAUUAGCAGCUCGUGCUACCAGGCGCAGAUCUGCGAUCUCCUGCCCUGCAAUGAUAAUUGCAAAUCGCAGUUGAUACAUGGCAUGCUCGGUGCUUAUGGGUUGCUACAGCAUUUCGACAAGGUCAUUACGGCGCCCUACGCGACAAAGCACACAUUGAACAAGUUUCACUCGAUGCAGUAUCUGUCGUUUGCACUCGACCCGCGUUUCAACCGGAGCACUGAGGACUGCGAAGAUUGGGCGCAGGUUGGGCAGGUUGCGAGGCGCUACCGCGAAGCGCACGGCAGCAGCCCGCGGGAGCUCUGGCACAACACAAAAGCCGAGCUCUAUAGCAAAUUCGUGUCGCGAACCGGGUACCAAAUCGCCGACGAGGGCAGCGAUAAUGACGAGCGGGCGGCGAUGGCGUCCGCGGCGCUGGCCAAAUACGGGCUGCAUGACGACUGUCCCGUGAUGGACUACCUACCGAUGUAUAUCCACACGGUCGCGGGAGCCACGCUUGCACUGGCUAAAGAGCUGAGUCGUCACCGCGGCAGCGCUCUGGCAGUCAAUUGGGACGGCGGCAGGCACCACGCGCUGAAAGCGCGGGCGUCUGGCUUCUGCUACGUGAACGACAUCGCCCUGCUGAUACAGACUUUACGGCGCCAGGGCUUUCUGAGGGUCUCUUACGUCGACUUUGAUCUGCAUCAUGGUGACGGGGUGGAAAAUGCCUUUCGAUACUCCAAGAAUGUGCAGACGUGCUCGCUCCACCUCUUCGAGCCGGGCUUCUUCCCGGGUACUGGUGCAUGUAAGAAUUGCACGGACAACAGUGUUCUAAAUGUCCCGUUGUUGCACGGCGUGGACGACAGCACACUGGACCAUGUGGUCGACCAUAUAGUCACCCCGGCUGUCCAGCGCCAUGAUCCGGAAGUGCUGAUCAUACAAUGUGGCGGCGAUGGACUUUCCGGGGAUAAGUAUGGAGAAUGGCAACUGUCGAUCCAUGGGCUCACUAGGAACAUUUUGAAACUGGUGCAGGCACACAAAUUCAAGAAAAUAGCCCUACUAGGUGGUGGGGGCUACAACGGUAGAUUGCAGAGCAGAUUCUACGCUUACUUGACAAGUAUGCUGCUCGCGCAAUGCAAGGGCAUUCCGACCGAGAUCGGCGAUGACGAGGAUGAGCUGAUCAGAGAUCACGAGCUCAUUGAAAUGUAUGAGCAGGAAGACUACAAAUUCUGGUAUUACGAAUAUGAAGGGCUGAAUCGAAAGAAUCUAAUUAAUGACAAUACUGAGGAAUACAUGCAGAAGCUGCUUGCCUCGUUUAGCUAA